GAUCGUUGGAGAAAGCUUUGUCAGUCUGACUCUGAACAAUCAUAUUGUUCGUUUGUGACACAUGGAAAUUUCACCCACCCGCUCUCAUACAUGCAAGGAACAUGUCUAUAAAUUCAUCACAUAACUCCCUUUUCGUCACUUAAUUACCCCAUUCGAUUGACAUUGCACACCAACACAAUCGAUACAAGACGAACCUGACUAGCACUAACACAAAAACACUAACAUACGAUUAGAUCAGCAGCAAAUAUGGCAUCAUCAGCAUCCACAUUCAGGACGGCGGUCUGCCCCGUCGAGGCAACCAACACCGCCAGCCUCGUGGCCGCUUGGGAGCUUCGGCGCGCCGCAUCGACCCUUCUGAACUUCUUGAUCUCCCAGACCGAAGCCGAGGGUGGCGUUUCUUAUGCGCUCCGUAAUUAUCGCGAAGCUGAAGACGCUCGCGUGACGGUCGAAGCAGCCAAUACUACGCCGCUGUCCGAAGCCGCCAUGCAGCGGAUCGCCCUGACAAAGGCGACCAAGCAGGACCUUAUCGCGGCCUCCUUUAAAUGCAUGAAUUUGGCUUCCAGCACCCGGGGUAGGAGUCUUAUUGACAUUUACGGCCCUGACGGCCUUGAGUAAAGCACAGCUUUAUCACCAAAAAGUUAACGGUUUGACUUGCUGUACCCAGGUAGGCAGGUUCUUGGCCAAAUGUCAAGAAUUUGAUGAGAAGCCAAACAUGUAGAUGUAGGCUGUGCAAGGAAAAGAUUUAGUAGCAAAUACAUGUAUCACUAGUCUAGUAUUUCUUUUUUUUUAAAAAAAAAAAAAAAAAAAAAAAAAAAAAAAAAAAAAG